GUUGCAAUGCAUGCACAUUAAAACAGCCUGUUUGCUUGCACCUGUGGCGGUCACAGUUUGUUUUUUAAGGAGAGAACAGGAUGCAGGCAGCUUUAUGCGUGCUGUUUCUGACUCUGUGCGGGAACAGGGUCUCCACAUCUCCGUUGAAAUCUUUCCAAACGGGGGGAAACCCGGCCUCCUUGGAUGACGUGAACAUCCUUAUGUAUGGCGUGGUGCAGUUCAGCGAGUCCCUGCACCACAUAUACCAGAGCACAGAGGCCAGGAUGGCCCGCGUCAUGAAAGCCAUCAGCCGAACCGAGAGCGAGGUUAAGAGACUGGGGCACGACACGGAGGAGGCUGCUCAAACCGAGCGACAGAUCAAAGAGAAACUUCAGCUCAUUCAGGCUCAGACGAAAGCACUGCAGAUUCAGGUCCAAGAGAACAGAGGAACGGUCACCAGGGUGGAGCUGGAGGAGGCAGAGCUAAAGAAAAAACUAACCAUCCUGGAGGAAAACCUAAACAACUCCGUCCCAGGCACGAUCAAGGUAGCUAAGAUGCAGAACUGCCUUUCAAUUAACACCCUUACAGUUUUAACUGUACAUAACCGAUUAUAUCCGGUCACAACACUUAAAAACAUCUCUAUCCUGAAGGAUCUGAUGAAGUGGACCCAAGAACAGAAACUGAAAUUGGAGAAUCAAAACCACCAGCUGGCUGAUUUACAGAAACAGAAUAUGGUGUAACCACUAAUAUCACCAACGAGGAGGCACUGCAAUCCUCAUCAACACUCCAUUCAUUGCACGGCAAACGGAUCUCACCUAUUACAUGUUCAUUUAUGACACAGAUGUCCACUUUGCCAAUCACUUUACACGCACUUUGGGCCUCAGGAAACACGAGCACAGCGAAUUUUUGUGUAAAAUAUUUGUAAAAACUGUGUGAAUGCAAUUCCUAACCACAGAAACAAACAUUUUACUAUUUUCUAUAAUGUUAUAAUAUGGAUAAUAUGUUUAUAAUAGCACAAAACAUAAUUAUCAUAAUAUAUAUCUGUAUAUGUAUUUGUGGUUUGUAACUUAUUUAAUAAAAGUAUAAUGAGUGA